AUGAUUUAUCGGGCUCAGUUCCAUCGGACGGGAUAUCGGGAUAGUUGCCCUCGUAAAACAUACAUGGUAAGAACGGCCCUAGGGCAGGGAAGAAAAUUUGUUCUCAGAGUAUCUGGUGAUAAAGAACCAUCGGGAAAGUUCAUAAACACGGCUCUGAAGGCCAGAAGCGGAAGCCGUUGGGGGGACAACGAUUCACAGUUGCUGCGCACGUCAACCAUCCUGGUACAGUCUGCCGGCGGGAAUGGAAUCGCCAGGCGCACAGGACCGAAGCCCCCCGACCGCCAGCAUCAAGGUGCUUCAAGUCUGAAUCUUUCUUGGUGGCUUGGCUUGCUCUAUGAGACGAAAAACUGGGUUGCUGGUGAUCUGCAUCAAGGCCCCCAGUAUUCAAAAGAUACAUAUACGCCAUUAAAAUCACUAUCAGAGAAAGGCCGAGAAAAGGCCGAGAGCGCCUCCAAAAAAUAUAAUUGA